AUGGCAUUCAAUGCCACUGUAGAAGUAAAAACCUCGCGAGAGGUUAAACUUUGCGGAAUGAUUGGUGCCGGAUCCUCACUGAAGGUUAAUUCUGCUUCUGUGUCUGAGAACGAGAUCGGUAUCGGUGGAACAUGCCAGUUCCGAGUUCCAGCCUUGGACAGCAACACAACGUUGGCCAUGUUUUUGGAGGUGGUCAAUCAGCAUAACCAGCCCAUUCCGCAGGGCGGGAAGGGUGUCGUUCAAUUUGUUACGCGUUACACUCACCCUUCUGGCGAAAUUCGCGUUCGAGUUACUACGCUUGCUCGAGCAUGGGCAGAUCCUAAUACUGGAACAGAAUACAUCCAAGCAGGGUUUGAUCAAGAAGCCGCCUCCGUGCUCAUGGGCCGAUGGGCUACCUUUAGAGCUCUCACCGACGAUGGACCAGACGUGCUGCGAUGGCUGGAUAGAACCCUCAUUCGCCUCUGCCAGCGCUUUGGCCAGUACGCCAAAGAUAACGCAGAGUCGUUCAGAUUCCCAGAAACUUUCUCAAUGUAUCCACAAUUCAUGUUCCAUCUUCGACGAUCAUCUCAGCUGCAAGUUUUCGGCCAUUCUCCAGACGAAUCUGCCUACUUCAGAUACCAGUUGGCCAUUCAGCCACUUUCUGAAUGUCUGCUUAUGAUCCAGCCUGCUCUUUUCGCGUACUCUUUCAAUGGUCCCCCAGAGCCCGUUCUUCUUGAUUCAACAUCCAUUCAGCCAGACCGCAUUCUUCUGUUAGACACCUUCUUCCAGGUCUUGAUUUACCACGGAGAAACGAUUCAUCAAUGGAAAGUGGCCAAAUAUCACGAGCAGCCGGAAUACGCUACUUUUGCUCAAUUAAUGCAAGCACCUGUCGAAGAUUCGCAAGAAACUCUAGCAGAACGUUUCCCCAUUCCGAGAUAUGUUGAAACGUACCAUGAUCACUCACAGGCUCGGUUCCUCCUCGCAAAAGUCAACCCCUCGACGACUCACAACAACAUGGGUUGGGGAGCAGAGAGCUCUGCCCCUGUUCUCACGGACGAUGUUUCCCUACAGUUGGGAAUCACGCACUCAGUUGGCUCCCAUACUGUCGACCGUGAUGUUCUACUCCAGGACUUCGAAGUGAUCGAAACUAUCGCAUUUCCAAAGGCCGGAACUACCCUGACCCCGCAUCAUACAUUCGAUGACUUCCGUUUCAAGUCCUACGCUCCACUCGCCUUUCGAUACUUUCGCGAUAUAUUCAAUAUUUCCACUGAAGACUUUUUGCAUUCGAUAGGCGCUCGAAGCCUCAUCCCGAUCGGCAAUCCUGGCGCUUCUGGAAGCUGCUUCUGGAUAACGCACGAUGAUGAGUUUAUUGUCAAAACGGUUCAGCAAAAAGAGGCGAGCUUCCUCACAAAACUACUUCCAGCCUAUUUUAUGGCCGUCCAUCAGAAUCCCAAAACGCUCCUGCCAAAAUUCUACGGCCUUUUCAAUAUUAACAUUGGAGGACACAACAUAAGAGUCUGCGUUAUGAACAACUUAUUGCCUCGGCGUGUGAAGAUGCACCAGAAGUAUGAUCUGAAGGGCUCAACUUUCAAAAGGAAAGCGAGCAAGUCCGAACGCGAGAAAAAAUCACCCACUUUCAAGGAUCUUGAUUUUGUGGAUUUCCUCCCUGACGGAAUCAAGCUAGAAUUUGAAUAUUACGAAGCCCUGAAGCAUACAAUUCAAGCUGACACCAGGCUGUUGCACUCGUUUAAAAUCAUGGAUUACAGCCUCCUACUCGGAAUUCACAAUGAAACGCUUGAAGCUGAAUCACGCGAUAAGGAAGAAAAACAAUCAAUUGAUUCAGAAGGAUCAACUGUGACACUUCGUGGUUCUAAAAAACCCCGAGACCGCUCAAAACAUAUUUCUUUAAAUCCAACGACUCUUCAAAAUAUUCUUGCGAAGUCAACCCGUCCAGAACGAUUCCAAAUCGCAGCAGAUCCCUGGGGCGGCAUCCCGGCUACUAAUAGCAACGGGGACAAAUUGAAGAUCUAUCUGGGAAUCAUCGAUAUUCUCCAGUGUUAUAAAACCAUGAAGAAGUUGGAGCAUGCUUGGAAAGCUAUUAUCUACGAUGGCAAGACAGUAUCGGUUCAUCGCCCUGGAUUCUAUAAAAAACGCUUUGAGAGUUUUUUGUUCGGCACUGUAUUCAGAAACUUGCCCAUGACUGAAUCACUUCGCAGGCUGAAUGAAAAGGACAAGCAGAAACUGAAGCAACGCGCCAAGUUUCCGCCCAAGACUAUCGCCGAGCACGAUGCCGAAGUGGCCAUGGACGGGAAUCUCGGGGAUAUACAAGCCAAACUGACUGCCGAGCUGAAUGAAAAUAUCAACUCUAUUGAUAGACGAAGAACAUUCAAGGGCACAAACAUACCUAUAAAAAGAGACGACGCUGUCAUCACUCCUGACGGAUCCGGCGACUCCGCUGAUCUCGAUGCCAAAGAUGUCGAAGUAACUAUUGCGGAAAAAGUCGAGGAGCCGCCUACAGUCAAAGUUCUCCACUGCUCGCACGAGAUGUCCACCGAUUCUGAGCAAGUUCACAAAUCAACCGACCAGAUUUCCGCAACGACGCAUUGA